AUGAGACGGGUGCCAGAUCUGCCGGUAAAAACUGGUACUACAUCAUCGACACAUGAAAAUGAGUUUUAUAGAAUAUCAAAGAAGUUAAGAAUACAAAUUAAUCAUUUGCAAGGACAAAUAAUAAAGGAAACAAACAUCUCCAUAUUAGAAAAGGAAGCAAAUAUUGUAGAACAAUGCAUGAAGGAACUAACUGCUGCCCAAGAAGAAUUAGAGCGCAUCCAAGGUUCAGCCAUCGAAAAGAUGACAUUUUAUAGUAAGUUUGAGGAUAUGAGUCGAGAAACAAAUCAAAUACUUGCCCAAGCGGUGCAAGCAAUUCCACAGCUAAAAUUGAAUGAAAACGAAGAUAGACAUUCAGUAAUCACAUCCACUCAUCGAAGUAGAUCAAGUCAUCGAAGUAGACUAUCUCGUUCAUCACUAGCUAGUACUAGCUCAUCCGCACGACUUCGUAGACUCGACCUCGAAGAGGAAAUUGCAACGUUGAGAGCCAAAAUAAAUCUUGUAGAGGAAAAGGAACAACUAGACAAGGCUAACCGAGUCGCACUCGAAGAAAUCGAAAGGCGAAAGCUGGAAAUCCAGAGCGAAGAGCAGCGUUUGAUUGAGCAAAUCGAAACCACGAAGGAAACAUUCAAACUUAAGGAACAGUUAGCAGAAAGGGAAGCAAGAGUCGAGGCAUGCACACGGUUCGAAAACGAGGGUACGUCCGUGAUAUUUGACGACGACGACAAUCAAAGUAAUGCCACACGAGAGCACAUUCAGAAAUUCCUUCGAUCUCAGGCAGAACCUUCUGCUGAAGGUGAGAAUAAUGAACUUGCUACGCAUGAUACAGCUGACUCCCUCCCUCCCGAAUGUGGGUUAUUAGUUCCUCCUCAAUCCAAAUUGAACCCAGACGUCCCACCAUACGUCUCUUGCAAAGAAGCUACCACCUCAGCACCAAACCAACAAAUCAACGUAACACCUACAAAU